AUGCUGAAUACCAUCAUCGCGCUCGCCCCUUAUGGGCUGCAUCUGCUCCUCCUUUACGCCGCUUCUGUCGUGGUGUAUCGACUCUAUUUCCACCCCCUCGCCCACAUUCCUGGCCCUCCUCUGGCUAGACUGACAUACCUCUUCGAGUUGUACUAUGACCUGGGUCUAAAAGGACAGUUUACCUUUCAUCUGAGGGACCUACAUCAUAAAUACGGCCCUGUCAUUCGCAUCAACCCUGAUGAAAUCCACGUUCAUGACCUCGAUUAUUUUGACCAUAUCUACAGCCAGACCAACGGGCGAACUGACAAGCCACCUCACGUUGCCGGGGUGUUCGGCCCCUACUCAGCGACCAUUAGCACCCAGUCACAUUCACUACACAAGAUCCGCCGCAGUGCAGUCAGUCCUUUUUUCUCUAGAAAGUCUGUCAUCGAUCUCGCACCAGCUAUCUGCCGUCCCGUCGAGAUUCUCUGUGAGCGCCUGCGCGAGGCAUGUGAUAAUAGAGUAUUGAAUAUGAAGUACAUAUUUGGGGCAGUAACACUUGAUAUUAUUAAUGAUUACAUCUUUGCCAGGGACCCAUUUUACAUUCGACAGGUUGACUUCGGGCGUAAGACUUUUGAUGACGUGGAUAGCUUUCUGAAAAUCAGCCUACUGGACCGUGUGAACAAAAUCCUAAACCCAGCCAUGACUGAUAUAUUGGACUUUCGUGUGGAGCUGUCGCGACAAGUCGAGGCAAUCCGCAGCGGGCAGGAUACCGCGUACCAGCACACCGACCAUCGAACUAUAUUUCAUGAACUCCUUGAUAGCAAGCUGCCAGCGAGCGAGUUGAAAAAAGAUCGUCUGCGCGACGAAGCCUUCAGCUUAAUGACGACCGGCUCAGUCACUACAGCAGCAACUCUACGGGCGACGGCUUAUCACGUAGCCGCAAAUGAGUCAAUCCGUCGAAAACUUUAUGAUGAACUCUGCACGGCAAUUUCUGACUCGUCUCAGCCUUUAUCUCUGGCAGUAUUGGAACGCCUGCCCUACCUAGCCGCUGUUAUAGAUGAAGGGCUCAGGCUUUAUGGCCCCGUCACACAUCGCGCCUCAAUACAGCUCCCGGAUCGACUUUUAAAAUGUCACGGAUAUACGAUUCCUGCCAAUACGACUGUCGGUAUGACGCCGUACCUGCUGAUGCGGGAUAAAAAAAUAUUUACUGACCCCCACCUCUUUAAUCCCGAGCGUUGGAUCACCGGUCGAAAGAAACUUGAUAAAUAUUUGAUUGCCUUCGGUCGCGGCUCACGAAUGUGCCUCGGGAUGAACCUUGCUAGGGCUGAGCUUCUUAUAAUCCUCUCCGCCGUAUUCCGGCAAUUUACGUUUGAUGUCACUGCCGUAAAUCAGGCAAGGGAUAUCGAUUACAACCAUGACUAUAUCAUGGGUGCUUCUGCUCAUGAUUCCCCGGGAAUCCUGGUCAAACCGACUUGUCUUCUAUUCAUUGCGACAGCAACAGAACAAUCCACGGUAGGCUUUGGUGACAAAGAGAAGCAGGCGGUCCCCGAUCCCGAAAAACAACAAGCACCGCCCACAGCAUCGAAGAUAACGAUGUCCUCAGAGCAGGCUCCCCAGGAGCCAGAAAUGAGUAGCAAGCUUGAGCUGCAAACCAUGGGAGCGUCACUGGUUCAUGAUUCUGGACGUGUCACUCUUUCCGGUUGGCGGCUUAAGGUUCUCACGACUGGAAAGUCCGAUAUUCGUGGAAAAUUUGACUAUCCGGGGUUCGUCUUGCUCCUGGCCGCGUCUGUCCUCCUGAUCGUGGCCAUUGAACAAGCGGGGUUAUCAUAUUCAUGGGAUUCAGCGCUGGUAAUCAUCUUGCUUGUUCUUGCCAUCAUCCUUCUGGUUGGGUUCCUAGUGUGGGAAUGGUAUUUGUCUCGCAGGAGCAGCAGCAGGCAAUCCGUGUUUCCUUGGAAAUUCGUGAAGCAUCGCGUUCUCCUAGGGACCUGCCUCACUUCGUUACUAUCCGGAGUGCCUUACAUGACAUUAGUGCUAGGACUUCCAGGGCGGUUUCAGAAUCUAAACAAUGACUCGGGCCUCGAUGCAGGAGUUCAUAUCCUGCCGUUUACUCUCAGCAUCGCGAUCGCUUCGGCUUCAGCGGGCGGAUUAACGGCACGGGGCCGAUUUCCGCCUAUCGCGGUCUUUGCAAUCGGCGCUGCUCUGCAAGUUGUAGGUAUCGCUCUGCUGUAUUCGGUUUACCCGAGCAGUGCCCUUCCCGCCAGAAUUUAUGGCUACCAGAUUCUAGCUGGGGUGGGAGUCGGUCUUAGUUUGACCACAACCUUUAACAUCAUGCCGUUCAUUGUUGACAGUAAAGAUCUCUCCGUCGCCCUAGGUGCUGUUAUCCAACUCAGGGUUCUCGGCGGUGCCCUGGGGGUUUCAAUUGCCGCGAAUCUUCUGAACAACACGCUCAGAAGCCAACUGUCAGGCGAGUUACCCCCUGCCCUGAUUGAGCAUGUAUUGCAUGAUGUCUUCUAUUCCCGGACACUGUCGACCUCGCAGCAGCAGCUCGUUCAAGCCGCUUUCGCAGAUGGCUACCGGAAGCAGCUAGUCAUGGUCCUUGGGUUUGCGGCAGCACAGCUAUUGGCAUUAGUUAUUAUGUGGGAGAAGCCCUUGAGAAAACUCGCUUAG